CAAAUCAAAACUCGUUUUGGGAAUCGAUUUUGGUGGUAUUAUCGAAGUGGUUACUUCUAGUAACAUUACAGCAAUUACAGCAGACACUAAUAAUCAAAACCUUGUGAUUGUAAAUGACACAAGUAUUCAAUUCCCAUUGGCUGAUGACAAGAUUCAAAGUGUUAUUAAUCCACCUAACUCAUCUUCGAAGCCAAUGCCUACCACAUCAUCUACAUCUCAGUCAUCUCCGUCUAAUGUAGGUGCAAUAGUGG